GCUAGCCGCUUUAAUGCAGCCGGGCUACCCAGCUACACACCUACGGAGUUUUUAAGAAAAUGGUUUAUCUUUUAACCUUUUAACUACCGGUCUUUUCACACAGAGCUUUAAAGCCUGAGGAUACUGUAAUGGUUUCGGAGAAUGGAAACGGACGACGUGUCGGUUAGGGAGCAACUUUUCCACAACCGUGUCCGGGAGACUAUUAUCUGUGUGCUCCUGUUUACAUGCCUCUACAUAGUUUCCUACCUCAUACUAACUCACUUCAAAAAGACUGCUGAGUUCAUCACAGAUGAUGUUGAGGAUGCCACCGUCAACAAAAUUGCGCUGUGGUUGUGUACGUUCACCCUGUCUGUUGCAGUGUGUGCUGUGUUGCUCCUGCCAAUAUCUAUUCUGUCCAAUGAAGUGCUGCUUGCCUUUCCACACAGCUACUACAUGCAGUGGCUCAACGGAUCUCUUAUCCACGGUCUGUGGAACUUAGUUUUUCUUUUCUCUAAUUUGUCCCUGGUCUUCCUCAUGCCCUUUGCCUACUUCUUUACUGAGUCUGAGGGAUUUGCAGGAUCCAAAAAGGGGGUAAUGGCACGAGUGUAUGAGGCAGUUGUGCUGCUGCUGCUGCUAGCUCUGCUUGUGCUGGGCAUUGUGUGGGUGGCAUCAGCCCUUCUCCAUGACAAUGUAGCCAGGAAAAGCCUUUACGACUUGUGGGAAUAUUACCUUCCAUAUGUGUAUUCAGGCAUCUCUUUGUUUGGAGUAUUACUUCUUCUGUUGUGUACUCCCUUUGGACUGUCUCGAAUGUUUAGUGUAACGGGUAGUCUGCUGGUCAAACCACGGCUAUUGGAAGAUGUCGAAGACACUUUGAGUUGUACUACAUUUGAGGAAGACACACUAUCUAGGAAACUGAACAAUUGCAGUACAUCAUGCUGGGUGAAGCUCAACACAGAGGCAAUGAAGAAAGAAUAUCAAACAGUUCGAAACAAGCGCAUCGCCCUCGAAAUGCGAAGGAAAGCAUCCCCAUGGCAGCGAAACUUAGGCUAUCCACUUGCCAUGCUUGCACUCCUUGCACUGACGGUCAUGUGCGUACUAAUGGUAUGUUUCAAUGUGUUGGAGUUGCUCCUGGAUGAGACAGCUAUGCCCAGAGGAAUGGAGGACCCUCACCUGGGCAUGGUCUCCUUCUCCAUGUUCGGCUCACUGGGUGCUGCAGUUCAAGUGGUCCUUAUCCUUUAUCUGAUGGUGUCGUCAGUGGUUGGCUUCUACAGCUCUCCUCUCUUCACUGGACUGCUGCCUCGGGCACAGGACACUAACCUCACACAGAUAAUCGCAAACUGUGUUUCACUGCUUAUCCUGAGCUCAGCAUUGCCUGUCUUCUCACGCACACUUGGGAUCACCCGCUUUGAUCUACUGGGAGACUUUGGUCGCUAUAACUGGCUGGGGAACUUCUACAUUGUCUUCUUGUACAACAUGUUGUUUGCUGGACUCACAUCUGCCUCCCUGAUCAAAACUGUCACAUGGGCAGUGCAGAGAGAGCUUAUACGUGCCUUUGGUCUCCACAGACUUCCCUUGACUGUGUCCCGCUCAACCGUCCCCUUUAGACUCCUCCUAGCCAGUGGAUUGUCUAAAAUCCAGUGAUGAUUUUGUCCUCACCACUGCCAUUCCUUAACUUAAGAAACUGAGCCACCUUAAAUGUGUGUCCAAUGGAUUAGAGGUAUUUGCAGUUCAUUCCCUUUGGAACAUGGACAGUGUGUUGUGAAAUGAGUGCUCUGCUGGAAGCUUGGUUUUUAUGACCAAUUUAGGGUCCAAAUGUUUUGCAGUUAUUGACUGCAAAGACAAACUGGUACUGUCGGGUACCUGAGUCAUGGUUAUGACUGGAACAAAGUACAGGAUGGAAGCCAUGAUGCCAGUUCUGCAGUGAUGGACAGAACAAGCCCCUGACCAAACCUGAUGCCUUACACUAAGUGGAUCCACUGAAUAGCUGCUGUUCUGACACAUGUGAAAGUCAGCAGAGUUAUUUUCAAAUAUUACAUUGUAACUGUGACAUAAUUUCCUCUUCCUGCUCCAGGUCGGUGGAGUGCUCUCUUUUUCUGUGUGGCUUCCCCACGCUUUCCUCUCUUAGGUGGUACCACUAUUUUAAGAUUGGGAAUCCAUGUGUUCGGUCCAGUCUGCACCAGUGUUAUGUUAGUUAAUGAAAGGAAGUUGUUAUUUGGUGCAGAUGUGACAUCAAGUACCUUGUCUAUCUAUGGAUCUACAGGUUACACAGGGAAUAUGGGAGUUGGCUGAUCGUCUGUGGUGGAUCUCCUUUUAAAAAAAAAA